AGGAACAGCUCCGGCCCCAGACACAGCCCUGCCUUCCAGGGGAGCAGCCGAGCUGGGGCUGCCCUCUGGGGAAGGUGUGCGCUGCUGAGGGGGUGGGGAGCGGGCCAGCCCACACGCCUGUCGCCCAGCCGCCCUUGUGAAUGGCCGUGUAGUGCAGAUGUGCGGAGGAGUGUGAGAAGAGACACCCGUCCCUUCGCGACUGCACAUCGGGCUCGGACACACGCAUCCGGCCAGCGGCGGGCUCCAGUGAGAGAGGACAGCGGCUCGCCUGGAUCUGGCUGGUGAUCCACUAGGAGGCAUUGCUAGGAAUCCAGUGGGUCCCGGGGGUGCCCGAGCGGGAGGGAGCAGUCCCAGCACCUCCUGGAAGGGGAGGCGAUCCAGGGAUUCCCCUGGCUCCCUGCAGCUCCUGCUGGUGACGGAGUAGAGGGAUCCAGUGGCUCCCCUGAGCUCUUGCAAGUGAGAAAGUCGGAGGAUCACCCGGGAACCCCCGUGAAUCCAGCUGGUGACUGAGUCGGGGGGAUCCCCUAGAACCCAGUGACUUCUCCCCCAUCACAUGCUAACAUGAAAGCUGCCAGCCUUUCCCCCUUCUUUGUGGCCACCGUCCUCCUCUCCUUCCCCCCAGCCCUGAGCUUGGAAGAGAGGACCCCUCUCGCCGGCUCCCGGCCUGGGCAGCCGUUGCAGCGAGAACCCCCCAGCUUCUCCCGGCUCCAGAGGAAGAGCCUGGCGGUAGAUUUCAUCGUCCCUUCCCUGUUCCGGACCUACCUGCGGGACCUGCUGCUGGGCGGAGGGGAAGCAGUGGGCUGGCUCCGGGCGCGCUGCAGCCUGGUGCUGGAGUGCUCGCCCCUGCUUCGGGCGGCGAACUCCUGGCUUCCCGGGGCCGGAUCCCCGCAGCAGCCAGCCCGGGCUCGAGCCCUGUCCAAGGUGCUGAAAGGGGGCUCGGUGCGGAAGCUCCGCCGAGCCAAGCAGUUGGUGCUGGAGGUGGGAGAAGGGAGCCUGCGGGAUGGCUGCGCCUGGGACCCGGCCCAGGCAGCGGGCGAAGAAGCAGAGCCAGCUGCGGGCGAGCUGGAGUUUAACCUCACGGAGCUGUUCAGCUGGUGGAUCCGCUCCGGAGAAGGAAGGCUGAGAAUCCGGCUGAUGCCCGAGAGGAAGGCGGCAUUCCUGGGCAGGGAGACCAGCUUAUCCGCGGCGAUCAGAGCCUCCCAGCCCCGCCUUCUCUUUCAGAUCUCCAGGAGAGGUCUGAGCACUUUGGAAUCUCCCAUGAAUAUUCCUUUUCUCCCCCCUGAUUUCUCUGCCUGGAAUUUAACUUGGGUCAUGAAAGAUGCUUCCCCUUUCUUCCCUCACAGAGGACAGCAUGUAUUUGACUGCAAUUUUGAAUUGCCUUGUGAGCUGGAAUAUUCUCCUCCACUGAAGGACGAAGAAAACCACAACAGGACCUGGCACAGAGUGAGUGCAGAGGAGUUAAACCUUUUGCGUGGACCAGAGAGAGAUCACUCCGAGGAUUCACCAAGAGGUUCAUUCCUGUUCCUCAAUACAUCAGAAAACAUGAGCCCCAUCAUCUUGAGCCCCUGGCUGAGGAGCAACAGUGAGCAAUGCACUAUGCAGGUGUCUGUGUACAGGCAUCUCCAACAAAGCGGGAACUAUAUUGCUCGGCUUCUCCCUGCUGACGAAAGUAGCCGUGAAAUCCUGUUGGCCCCAAGUCAAGAGAAACAUGGAUGGGUGCUUCUGCAGAAGAGAGUUGGACACCUUAAGAAACCUUUUCGAAUCUCUCUGGAAUAUGUUGCUAGUGGGAACAGGAGCGUAGCAGCCAUGGACUCCUUUGCAAUGAGGAACUGCAGUGCAGGAUCUCCUUCUGGCUCCAAAAUGGCCCUACAGGGUUCCUUCAACUGCUGGAAUGGAACAGUAAUCAAACUGGGACAGGCAUGUGAUUUCAUCAGGGACUGCGCAGAGGGAGAGGACGAGGGAGAUAUGUGCAAAAAGCUCCCCCCUGGCUUUUACUGUUCUUUUGAAGAAGGGGAUUGCGGCUGGACCCAGGGCUCUCUCGCCUCUCUCACUCCUUCAUGGCAGAUCGGAAACCUGGAGUACAGCCACUUCCCUUCACUAGAAGGUUGUGCAUUCUUGCUAAACACCAGUGAGGUCCCAGUGGCAGAAACAACCAUCAUGACCAGCGCUGUGUUUCCAGCUCCAAUUAGGAAUUCUCCCUGUGAGCUCCGAAUGUCAUGGCUCAUCCACGGCUUCUUGUUUGGAAAUAUUUCCCUGGUCCUUGUCGAGAACAAAACGGGGAAGGAACAGAGCAGGACGUUCUGGCACUUCACUAACAGUGAAGGUUUGGGAGCCUGGCAGUGGAUGGUUUUAUCUCUUCCUGACGUGUCAGACAGGUUUUGGCUUCAGAUCAUCACUUCAUGGGAAGAAGAAUCCGAUGCCAUUAUUGCUUUUGACAAUGUGUCUCUUAGCCUGGACUGUUAUCUAACAAUCGAUGGAGAGAAGACAUCUCGAGAUGCGGCUCCAGACUCGAGCAAUCUAUUCACCAAAGGAGACAGCCAGAAAAGGAUCAGAUUGGAACAAAAGAUUCUGGAGAGCCUCCAACUCAGCACUGUUCCCAUCUCUGGUCCUGCAGAUCAGUGGUUGUUCACCACAUGUGGUGCCAGUGGACCGCAGGGACCCACUCAGACCCAGUGCAAUGACGCCUACAGGAACUCCAAUCUCAGUGUUAUAGUGGGGGCUGAAGGAAUUCUUCAAGGUGUGCAGAUCUGGAGAGUGCCAGCAACCAAUACCUACAGCAUCUCAGGCUAUGGAGCAGCCGGUGGGAAAGGAGGGAAGAAUACUAUGGUGAGGUCCCAUGGUGUGUCCGUAUUGGGGAUUUUUGACCUCCAGAAGGAUGAUGCCUUAUACAUUUUGGUGGGCCAGCAAGGAGAAGAUGCCUGCCCUAGUACUAACCAUGUUAUACAGAAAGUAUGCAUUGGAGAGAAUAAUGUGAUUGAAGAGGAGAUUCGAGUGAACAGGAGUGUCCAUGAAUGGGCAGGAGGAGGUGGUGGAGGGGGAGGAGCAACGUAUAUAUUUAAGAUGGAGAAUGGAGAGCCAGUCCCCUUGAUAAUUGCAGCAGGAGGUGGUGGCAGGGCCUACAGGGCCAAAACAGAUACUUUUCAUCCAGAAAGGCUGGAGAAUGAUUCAUCUGUUCCAGGGCUGAAUGGAAAUUCAGGAGCUGCAGGUGGUGGAGGUGGCUGGAAUGAUAACACUUCCUUCCUGUGGUCAGGAAAGUCCUUGCUGGAAGGUGCUACUGGAGGAAAAUCCUGCCCCCAGGCCAUGAAGAAGUGGGGGUGGGAGACAAGAGGGGGUUUCGGAGGGGGUGGAGGGGGGUGCUCCUCAGGUGGAGGAGGCGGAGGAUAUAUAGGUGGCAAUGCUGCAGCGGACAAUGACCCAGAGAUGGAUGGGGAGGAUGGUGUGUCCUUUAUUAGUUCACUGGGUACUUUAUACACCCCCGCACUAAAAGUGACAGAGGGGCAUGGAGAGGUGGCUAUUAAGCUGCACCUCAACUGCAGCCACUGUGAGCUUGAUGAGUGCCGUGUUGAUCUGGAGACUCAAAAGGUCAUUUGCUUCUGUGAGCCUGGGACAGACCUGGCUGACGAUGGCGUCUCUUGUGUAGCUGACCCCGUGGCUCAUCUCCCCCUCUCCUUGGUUUUGUCUGUCGUGACUUCAGCACUGGUUGCUGCCCUCAUUCUGGCUUUUUCCGGGAUCAUGAUAGUGUAUCGCCGGAAACAUCAAGAGCUGCAAGCUAUGCAGUUGGAAUUACAGAGCCCUGAGUACAAACUGAGCAGGCUGCGCACCUCCACUAUUAUGACGGACUACAAUCCUAACUACUGCUUUGCAGGAAAGACCACCUCCAUCAGUGAUCUCAAAGAGGUGUCUCGGAAAAAUAUCUCCCUCAUAAGGGGUUUGGGCCAUGGAGCCUUUGGCGAAGUAUAUGAAGGUCAGGUGGUGGGGAUCCCGAGUGACCCCAGUCCCUUACAGGUGGCUGUGAAGACAUUGCCAGAGAUGUGUUCAGAGCAAGAUGAGCUGGAUUUCCUCAUGGAAGCUCUUAUUAUCAGCAAGUUCAACCACCAGAACAUUGUGCGCUGUGUUGGGGUCAGCUUACAGGCACUGCCACGCUUCAUCCUCCUGGAGCUUAUGGCUGGAGGGGACCUGAAAUCCUUCCUGAGGGAAACGCGGCCUCGACCGAGCCAACCCUCUUCCCUUUGCAUGCUGGACUUGCUCCAUGUGGCUCACGACAUUGCAUGUGGCUGUCAGUAUUUGGAAGAAAACCACUUCAUUCACAGGGACAUUGCUGCCAGGAACUGUCUCCUUACUUGUCAAGGGUCUGGGAGAGUAGCUAAAAUUGGAGACUUUGGAAUGGCCCGGGACAUAUACAGGGCCAGCUAUUAUCGAAAGGGAGGGUGUGCAAUGCUGCCAGUCAAAUGGAUGCCACCCGAGGCCUUUAUGGAAGGAAUAUUUACAUCAAAAACUGAUACAUGGUCCUUUGGUGUGUUGCUGUGGGAGAUAUUCUCUCUUGGAUACAUGCCUUAUCCUAGCAAAAGUAACCAGGAAGUUCUGGAGUUCGUAACUAAUGGAGGAAGGAUGGAUCCACCCAAAAACUGCCCUGGCCCUGUGUAUCGUAUAAUGACCCAGUGCUGGCAGCACCAGCCUGAAGACAGGCCAAACUUUGCCAUAAUACUGGAGAGGAUUGAAUACUGCACGCAGGAUCCCGAUGUUAUCACCACCGCUUUACCUGUGGAAUAUGGACCAUCCAUUGAGGAGGAGGAGAAGGUUCCAAUGCGCCCAGAAGACCCCAAAGCAAUCCCUCCUCUGGUGGUCUCCCCACACCAAAAGAGAGAGGGUGACAAGCAGGCCCUGCCUUCUCCACCCCCUCUGCCCUCAGCCGUCACAGCUGGAAAACCUUUGGCAAAAGUGGCAGCCCCCGAGCCUCCGGUCCCUGUUAAUGUGCGCCCAGCCCUGGAAGGGGGACACAUCAACAUGGCGUAUGCGCAAUCCACCCUAGCUUCUGAGCUUCAGAAAGGCAGGGGGUCCAGAAAUAAGCCCACCAAUCUCUGGAAUCCAACAUACGGCUCCUGGUUUGCAGAGAAGCCUGUCGUCAAAAACAAUUCUCUGCUGGAGAAAGAGGUGUCCGAGAGGGAGAAUUUGGGGCACGAAGGAAACUGUACUGUGGGGCCCAGUGUUGUGACUAGCAGGCUCCCAGGCUCCUCUCUGCUCUUAGAACCGUCUUCACUAACAGCCAGCGUGAAGGAAGUGCCUCUCUUCAGGCUCCGCCACUUCCCCUGUGGGAACGUCAACUAUGGAUACCAACAGCAGGGCUUACCCCUGGAAGCCUCUGCCCCACCUUGCGCUAGCAAUUAUGAGGACUCUGUCCUUAGAAACAAGAGCCACGUAGCCCAUCAGGGGCCUUGAGAGCCCUCUGCACUCUGACUCUCAUUCUGUGUGGCUCUUGAGCUUGGAGAGUAUUGUCCUUGUCAUCCAAGAGAGAGCAGACAGCGCUAACUUUCAUUAUGUGCCAACUAGCUCUGAAGUGCCACCCUUUGAAGCUGUGUUUUCAGAUAACCCAGAAGCUUCAACUCAUCGGAGCCUCUACUACUACUAAGAAAAAGGGGGGAUAUUAACGUUAACUAUAAGGCCCAGCUUUUGGUUGCAUAAACUUAUAUGCAUGGUCAUUGUCGUGUCGUGCCCUUCCGUGUGCGCUUCUUCUCAAUUGUGUACACUCCGCUUAAAUGUAAGGUCAGGAUUCACUGCCUGAGUGUUUCAUGUUUGGGGUUUUCCUUGCCAAGCUGCCGGUUGCUGUGGAAUGGGACACUUGAAAUCCCCUACGGAUGGCAAUGGUAGGGAAAGAACCAUUUAUUCAAAACAAAAAGGAUAAAACGUCUUUGAAUGAAGACACUGGGGAACAUUCCCAAGUUGCAUUACAGCUGUAACAUAGUCUGCAGCAGCCCUUGAAUAUGCGGUAAUUACAGUAUCAUUGGCAGAGCAAUGGAAAGAUGCCAGUCACACUGUCUGGUUUGUGAGUAAGAUGGGAAGUUAACUAACUGUAGAGGAAGAGAAUGAACUGCAAAAGGAGGAUGGUUUAUAUUUUUUUCAGACCCAAAGCCAAGGACGGUACUGGCCCUUUAAAAUUCUUUCUGUGCUACAGAAAGGAAGCAUUGUGUUCUACAGGAACUUCUUGUUGUUCAGUGGAAUUCAGGUGGAAUUUUACAGGGCCAGGCUUGUGUGAGAGAGAAGUUGAAAAGGCCUUUGCAGUGAGAAGUCACCAGUAGAUGGAAAUACAAAGGUCUGAAAUGCCCUUUGACGUGCCCUUUACUAACGACUCCAACCAGAAGGCUUGACUUUGUACCCCCAUCGGGAUUCUAGGCAGUGUCUGCAUUUCACGGGUUCGUUACCCUUGUUCCUUAAACAGAAUUCUUGUCUGCUAGUCCGUUAAAAGCCCAAAGCUGCACUGACGCAUUCUGUACACCUUGUGCAUGAAACGUGUGUGGUUACAAGAUACACAUAAGAAUUGAAUUCAUUUGUAAAGAUGUACAUUAACAAUUUACAAUAUACUCCGAUGGGGCUGCUGAAGCAGCCGUGCUGCCUAAAAUACAUGGUGCCUAUUUCCAUAGAAAUAGGUCUAUGGGAGCAGCAGCAAAGGAAUAUAGAAGAGAUGGAUCUCGAUCCAAGACCUUUAACUUUGGGGGAGUGGUUCAGCAUCCAAUCUUGGAUCCACACUUUGCAGUAAAUUCUCUAACAAAAGAAACCAGAGCCCCAGAUCAAAACACCCCAGUCUUUGGGGUGUCAGAAAAGGAUCCAAAUCUGAGGACUGUGACCUGAGACACACCCCCCCCUUUAAAGUAUGGGUGCAGUGAAGUUCUUGUCCCUGCUCUGCCUUCCCCCACCCCUCUGGUAAAUAAUGCUGAAGUCUUAGUAGUGUAAUGUUGAAAUUGUGCAUCAAUUUUUUUUUAAAUGAAGCUUAUGUUAGCAGGUUUGAGUUGUGAACUGUAAUGAUUCUGUGGGUGCUUUGGACUUCACUCAUCUGCUACUGGUCUGUCGCAUGUCAUGGCUGCAUGGAUUUCAUGGCUGUAGUGGGGGCCAGAACUCAGGACCGUCGGUGGCAAAUACAGAGGCCUCUUCCACUUGAACUAAAAGGAUGUUUCUGAGCUAUAAGAGUAUUGGGGUUUCUAAUCCUUUCUGUGGACCAGCCACUAGAGGAGUGACUUGCUUACAGACACUGGAACAUCUAGCUUAGCACUGUUGCAUUCACACUACUCUUGCUACUACAAGAAGUGAAGAAUUCUUCUACUGUCUCAGGAAAGACCAUGUGUUCCAAUGACUGAGCUUUACUUUGUACCAUCAAGGCUGUUUGCACUGCAAUAUUAUCCACAUGGAACUGAAAUUUUCUUUAGACAUGUCAGCUUUCUUUUCCUUUUUCAAAAAGGGUCCAGAUGAAUUUUUUUCAAGCAGACCCCAAGGGAAAGCUAUAUGAUCUUACUGCUUUCUUUCACUCCUUUCAAGACAAGAAACCGCUCUGAGUUUUUACUGCUCUACCAGCGUGUAUAAAUGAGGGAAGAACCUAGUCUGCGUAGUUGUAUGGCCUUAAAGGAGCGUUGCUGAAAUUUUAAUAAACUGUGACUGUCCGUUUCAAGCAUAUUGAUCUACAGGCCUGGGACUGCCUGACCCUGCAACUCCAGUUAUUGACAGUUUUCCAAUUGCUUCUGUUAAAAGUAGCAUUUUUUUUAAAGAUGCUUUAGAACAUCAGCAAAGGAAGAUGAACAGAUGCCUGACUAGCCUUUUUCCCUCCUCCCCAUUCAGGGGAAGAGCAAGGAGACAUACUGAUUUCUUUUCUGCCUCUCGCUUGUGGUGUGCAUCUAUAAUUUUAUUGCGGGAGGGGCAUCACCUUAUAUGUGUGCGUCUCACAAUGAGAGCUAAAACCAUUACUACCAUUUACAGCUGGCCCACAUGAACAGCAUGUUUUGGUCAGUGGAAAAUGGGGAAUUGUAAUUUAAAGUUCCUGACAAUAUUUUCUUCUACCAUUCUUGGAGAGACUGUAGGGUAGGAUGAGAUCUUCAAAGACGCACAAACCUCAAACGAAAUCUUCCUCUUGAUAGUCUCUGUGCAAAGUGCUUUGGGCUAGAACAGUGAUGUUCAGAUUGGCACUGGGCUUAGGCGGAGGAGGUUGGGAUCUGUUGAAUCAAGGCUAGGGUUAGGGCUGAGGCUGAAUGGGGUGGAGCAAGAUUUUAGCAUGAGAUUUUGGCCCAAACGUCAGAAAUCUGAGUCGGCAUUUCUCAUGCAGUUUCCAUCAUCUUGCAUAAGCGGUUUCAGCCACAUCCAAAACAUGACCAGAAAUGAGCUGCUUUUGGAGCCAAUGAAGACAUGGAACCACAGAGGUAGGUCUGAAUUCAGCUCCUGACAUACUUCUCCUGGAAUUCAGAGUUCAGAACAUGGAGUUGUGGCUUAUUGCUAAUACAAAAUGUAACCCAUCUGAGCCCCCCGCCCACUCCUAUUAUGAUUGUUACACCAGCAGACCCCAUUUCAGUGUGUCUGUGCUCACUUCCCACCCCCUUGCUGGGUUAGUGAAAACUCUGGGCAUUGCUCUAUUUCUCUGUUCCAGUGUGUAUAAAGGCAUUUACCAAAUCAUCAUCUUUGGGAGCCCUCUGAUGCACUGCAGUAUUCUGCAUGGAGCAGUGCCUGUUACCAGUUAUAGUGACCUCCAGCUUAGUACUGUGUGGACCACAUUCUGCCCUCUGCUACACAUAUACUACCCCCACCCCAUCAAAGGCAGAGAGUCAUACGCAUGCUUUUUAGCCUGUUGCUUAAUUGUAAGCGUCUGAGUAGUCCCGCUGACAAUGUCCUUGCAGGAUCAGGGCCUUAAUAAGAGGCUUUUUUCCCUGCACACUAACCCCAGUAGUGGGGUAACGAAAGGAAACUUCUCCCUGCUGCUGCCUGUUUGUGCUGUGGCUAAAAUAGCAUUUCACACUCCCAGUAUUGCACAGUGCCUGGUCACUUUAAAUGUUUAAUGAUAAUAGUCUUGUCUAAAGGGGUUGAGAGAUGCUGUGGUAAGAGCGCUGCUUCACUUGGAUUAUCACUGCUAUGCUUUGUGAAAUGCUCUGCAGAAAUCAGUUCAGACAAGGAAUUAAAAAUGCGAUGGAUCAAGAGAUGCAUAACAAGUUUUUCCUAAAAGCGGGUGGGAAGGGCAACUUAACAGCUGCUUGGUUUGUUGCCUUUGUCACCACAUAGCACUACAAGGGAGCAGGGAUGAAGUUAGCAGAACAAGUGAAUGGGAUGAAAAACAGGUGGAGAGCUCCGUAUCUGCAUGGUCAUGCAGUGAUUGAUAGAUGGAUAUUCAGGUUUUUUAAAAAGUCUUUUAUUUUAGCUAUUUGCACCCCCAGUCUCCCUUGGAGGAUCUGAAGCUAUUCAGUGUUCAUAAGCCUAAUGCAGUAGGAUCAGUGUAAUUCCACAGUAUUUUCACUGAAGUUCCUCCAGCUGUAUACCAAUAACAAAAGCACUAGUGUGUGUAGAAGAGGGGCUUGUAUGUAGAGGGGGAAAUUGAGGGCUUGCUUCAAACAGGCUCAGUUUUAAAUGCCUGAUCAUGUGAGCCUACAUAACACUUUGACACAUCAUGUCUCCAGCGAGUCCUAACUAAAACACUCGAUGCUAUUUUAAGCUUGUAACAAACUUUUGUCCAGAACUGGUAUUUUAAAAGUCAGUGUGUCUUGGAGUAAGUUUUAUAUAAAAUGUUCAUGUACAUAGUAUUCCCCCCAUUGUGGGCCUUGUGAUUCUACUAUAAACUAUCUCAUUGUAGAUGUCUUCAUAUGUAGCUACCUUUAUGCUACAAUGAAAUGUGGGUAGCAUGAGGGCCUGUAAGACACCCAGUCUAAUGGAAAAAUAACUAUGGCAUAGCUGUAAAUCAUUUAACACUGAAACUGGCUAAUUCCCAUGUGGACUAGACCUAGGAAGGAGUGGUUCCUUGUUGAAUUUCAGUAGGUUCUAGGUGGGUGCUAAGCUGUGUGUGUAAGGGGGAAUGAGAGGAUACCUGCUCAGCCUUACCCCUGCCCACCCCCGCCCAUGUACCUCAUCAGUGUUGUAGGUUCAGGCAGCUAUAAGGUGAAUUACAACAGAGAAAGGAAGUGGCUAUGGCUGUGUGAGAGGGGGACACGGGCCAGGAAGCAUAAGGCAAUGGCCUCCAUCUGAGUUUAGGUUGUUCCACUUCCUGCUGGGACUGGCCCGGAGCUCAUUGGUAGGUUUACUUGAAGGUAGCUGUCUUCAGUUUAAAAAUGGUGAUGUGUUCAGCCUGUAAUGAACCAGUCAAGUGGCGCAUCCAACUGUAGCACCACCUGCUUCCCUUGCUGCGUCUGGGCACAGGCGCUGCCUUGCCACAGGCGCUGCCUUGCCACAGAAGCCUCUGUGGCCUCUUUCUACAGUGCACGCCAGGAUUAGUCGAUUGUACGCUAAGAAGAGUUUAAUUUUGCAAACUGGGCCCUCGAGCUGCCACCAUCAUCUUGGUAAAAGAACCUUGAAAAACUAAUCGUAUAAAAAUCCUUUUAUCUCUGUAAAGACAUCACAUGUUGCCUACCCCAUAUUCCCCAAAGGAAAGUAUCUGCAUCCAGCUUUUCUGGUCUGUAACAAUGCUUCAUUAGACUGUCUAUCACAGGUACAGCAGCUUAUGCAACAUUAUGUAUAAAGGAAGGGCCUAUGCACUUCAGGGAUAUUAAAAACAUAAUAUAUGGUCAUUGAGUAUUUUGUAUUGAAUAGUGUACUUGUAUUGUAAACAAGUGUAGUGAAUCAAAAGGCAUGAAGAUAAAUAAAAUGACUGACUAAUUCCA